AUGAGGCACCCGUCAUCCGUGUACGUGGUGGACAGCCACGCCGCGGCCCCUCCGAUACCAAACCGAGUGGCCCGGUCCAGGAAGCGGAGCUGGUGCGUUCAGACCCUUCUCUCCAUGUUGGUGAGCGUGGCUUUGACUGGUUUCAUCUUGGAAGCAGUACUCAUCUUCUACCUUCACUCGCGUCACCCCGUACAGGCGGCGUCAUCAUCGUUGCAAAAGCUGACCACAGAAAAAAUUGCAUCAGCUCAAACUUCCACUGCUCCCGUCUUGCUUUUCAAACCAGUCGCACGCCUGACGGGUGUGAAAGACGUGAUCCACAACAAAGGAGUGGUCAGUUGGAGCCGUAAAGGGAACCCUCUCCUCCGCGGGAUAGACUACAACGACAAAAGUCUGCUGAUCCACAGGGAAGGUUUUUACUUCGUCUACUCCAAACUGUCCUUUUCCGGCGGCAGAGUCUUCCAUCAUUCGGUCAUGAAGCACACUGGCAGGCAUCCCGGCGGAUCCGUCACCCUCCUGAAGGCCAGGAAAUAUUCCUCAUCAGGUGGCGGGGACACGAGCAACUCCUUUCUGGGUGGUGUCUUCAACCUGGAGAAAGAUGAUACACUGUUUGUCCAAGUUAGCGACAUGUCCAAAAUAGUGCAGGUCAUUCCUUAUGAGAAUGUCUUUGGCGCGUUCAUGAUAUGAAUGGCAUUAUGUUUCAACUCAUCUGCCGCCAAUGAUGGUGAUAGACAUCCAAUCCAUUUGAACUGACAGGUUGAAUGUUACAGGUCACUUCCUGUUGAUUUGGGGUUACUGAAAGGAAGUGACUCAAAGACAUCCAAUCCAGUCAAAGAGAAUUGGACGUCUAUUUUCGGUCACUUCAUGCUGAUUCUGGGGCAUUUACAGGUCACUUCCUUUUCCUUUUGGAGCAUUUACAGGUCACUUCCUGUUGCUUUUGGGGGCAUUUACGUGUCAAUUCCUGUUGAUUUUGUGGGCAUUUUUCUGUUGAUUAUGGGCUACUGAAAAGGAAGUGACUGGGGCUGCAGCUAUCGAUUUUUUUAGUAGUCGAUUAAUCGAUGAACUAGUUUGUCGAAUAAUCGAGUAAUCGACUAAGGAACAUGAAAACUCAAAAUACCUGAGCUGAGCUUCAAACGGUAUUAAAAAAUAA